AUGUCGUCUCAUUUAGUAGAGCAGCCGCCGCCCCCGCACGACAACAACAACAACAACUGCGAGGAAGGUGAACAGCCUUUGCCCCCGCCAGCUGGCCUCAACAGUUCCUGGGUGGAGCUACCCAUGAACAGCAGCAGUGGCAAUGAUAAUGGCAAUGGGAAAAAUGGGGGGCUAGAACAUGCACCUUCCUCAUCCUCUAUCCACAAUGGAGACAUGGAGAAGAUUCUUUUGGAUGCACAACAUGAAUCAGGACAGAGUAGUUCAAGAGCCAGCUCUCACUGUGACAGCCCUUCCCCACAAGAAGAUGGGCAGAUUAUGUUUGAUGUGGAGAUGCACACCAGCAAGGACCAUAGCUCUCAGUCAGAAGAAGAAGUUCCAGGGCGCCUGGAAGGAGAGAAAGAAGUCGAUGCUUCAGAGAAAAGCGUCAACUGGGUGUCCGACUGGUCCAGUAGACCUGAAAACAUUCCACCUAAGGAGUUCCACUUCAGACACCCCAAACGCUCCGUCUCUUUAAGCAUGAGGAAAAGUGGGGCCAUGAAGAAAGGGGGUAUUUUCUCCGCAGAAUUCCUUAAGGUGUUCAUUCCGUCUCUCUUCCUCUCUCAUGUUUUGGCUUUGGGCCUAGGCAUCUACAUUGGGAAGCGACUGAGCACACCUUCUGCCAGCACCUAUUGAAGGGAAGAACAGCCCCGGAGAAGCGGAGAAGCGUGUGACCUGUGAAGUGGUGUAUUGUCACAGUAGUUUAUUUGAACUUGAGACCAUUGUAAGCGUGACCCAGCCUACCACCCUAUUUUUACAUAUCCAAGUUCCAGUAACUCUCAAACCCAGUAUUUUAUUCAAACUCUGUUGAGGCAUUUUACUAACCUCAUUCCCUUUUUGGCCUGUAAGACACUUUAGAAUUUCCUGACAGAGUUUACUGUUAUUUAGAAAUUUGCAAGGGCUUCUUUUCCGCAAAUGCCACCAGCAGAUUAUAAUUUUGUCAACAAUGCUCUCGUCUCCUUUUAGUGCCACCAGACUU